CCACGACAGAACAGCAGCGACACCCCCUGCAAGGCAAACGUGUGGAUGAAGCCGCGCCCUGUCCAAUCACCACGUGCCCGGUGCUCGCGUGCUGACGCUCUCCAACAUGGCUGCGGACCUCCGCUUGUCGGUCCCACAACGGACGACCUCCGCUGCACGUCGGCUGUCUCGGCGAAUGAACUAUGACAGAAGGAACGAAAACCACCCCAUACAGCAAGUCUCAAGAAGAGCAAGUCGUCGCCCUGCUGAAGGAGAAGAAAGAAAAGACGGAGAAGAAGGAGUUGAUAAAGAAGGCAAAGAUGUUGGCCUUCAUGGAGGAGCAGAAGGCCAAACAGAAGCAAAUGGAGGAGGAGACGAAAAAGUGAAAGAAAGAGGAGGAGGAGAAAAUGGUGGCGAUAGAACGGCAAGUGGCAGUGCAAGGCAUUCGGGAACUGUUGCAGCCCCGAAUUCGGACCCAGCAACCGCUGGUCCAAGCUGCAACUUUCCUUACAUGGAUAGAAAGGCGGCGCAGAUUCCGUCUAAGUAUGACGGAAAGGACGACAUCGAAUCUUGGAUCAGCUCCAUGCGAUCCUACUCUGAUGUGUUGGGGACACUCCCAGUUACUCAAUCGUCGGUCCUUGGGACCAAUGUGGAACCCGCCGUAAGAGGAUUCUUGGAAAUUCAAGCUAAGAUCCCAUCAGAAGUUUGCAACCUUCUCAACCGAUUUCCUGAAGUCUUGCUCGAACCGCAUGGAGUUCCCAUGCGUCCGGUCCGACACAAGAUCGAGUUGAUAGAAGGUAGCACUCCUCCAAAAGGUUGUGUCUAUCGAAUGGGCUCACGCGACUUAGAAGAGUUGCGUAGACAGAUUGAUGACAUGAUUGGGAAAGGAUGGAUCAAGCCAAGCGAAUCCGAAUUCGGUGCACCGGUUCUGUUUGUCCCUAAGAAAGGAGGCAAACUACGGAUGUGUAUCGAUUACCGCGGGCUGAAUAGAAUAACAAGAAAGAAUGCAUAUCCUUUGCCGCGUAUUGAUGAAUUGCUUGAUGUUGCAAGUGGGUGCAAGGUCUUCAGCAAGAUCGAUCUCAAGUCAGGCUACCACCAGAUUGAAGUCGACCCUGCAGACCAGCACACAACUGCAUUCAAAACUCGCGAUGGGUUGUAUGAGUUUACCGCCAUGCCCUUCGGCCUUACGAAUGCACCGGCCACCUUUCAAAGUCUCAUGGACAAGGUGUUCCACAAUCAGAUCAACCGAUUUGUUGUUGUGUAUUUGGAUGACAUACUAAUCUUCAGCAAGUCGAUGGAGGAACACGUGAGACACCUUGACGAAGUGUUACAAAUCCUCAAGGAUGCGCAGCUCCAUCUCAACUUGGAGAAAUCUGAGUUUGGGAGGGACAGCGUCAUCUACCUUGGACAUCGAUUGUCUGCUGCAGGCCUAGAGCCCGAGGCAACCAAAGUUGAGGUCAUCCGUAACUGGCCUCAACGGGCCAAUGUCCGCGAGUUGCGUUCUUUUCUUGGCCUUGCGCCGUACUACCCUAAGUUUGUACCCAAAUUCUUUAUCAUCGCCCGUCCGCUGUCCAAGUUGACAAGUAAGAAUGUGUCUUACACAUGGGAUGGGGAAUGCACAACAGCCUUCCAAGCAUUGAAGGAGGCUUUGAUUGGCUGGGAUCUAGUCAAGCUGGGGGCACAAGACCUCCCGGGUGGAUCGGGUGGCAAAAAGACCACCGGCCGCAAACGAUUUCCAGGCAGCAACCAUUUUGCAGCGUACGAUCUACUUGAGGAUGACGAGGAGACCUUCACAGAGGAUCCUUCUCUUGAUGACGAUCAAGAGCAAGGCUGCGAGGCAUCUUGCUCUUCGUCAGCCCAUGAGUCUGAGUAUGUGAAUGAUGAUGAAUCUAUGAAUGCCUUCUAGAAGACUGCCUUCAAAAAGCUGAGUCCGGUUAGGUUUGAGAGGACCUCAUACUUAGUCGGUCCAGAAUGUGUGGUUGGAUCAGAUCUCUCUGAUCUUUAUUUCUUUUGUUGUUUUGACUGGUCUCCAGUCCAAAUGAAUUGCCACUCCGACU